CUGCAGAGCUGCCCCAUGCUGCUGGCCAAGGGUUACCCCGACAUCGGCUGGAACCCCUGCGGGGGUGAGAAGUACCUGGACUUCCUGCGCUUCGCCGUCUUCGUCAACGGAGAGAGCGUGGAGGAGAACGCCAACGUGGUGGUGCGGCUGCUGAUCCGGCGCCCCGAGUGCUUCGGGCCGGCGCUGCGGGGCGAGGGGGGCAGCGGGCUGCUGGCCGCCAUCCAGGACGCCCUGAGCAUCGCCCAGGACCCCGCGCGGGACGGGCCCAGCGGCCGCAGGGAGAGGAGGCCGUUCGGGCCCGAGGAGCCCCCCGAGGAGAACCGCGUGCACCUGGGCCACGCCAUCAUGUCCUUCUACGCCGCCCUCAUCGACCUGCUGGGCCGCUGCGCCCCCGAGAUGCACCUGAUCCAGGCGGGGAAGGGGGAGGCCCUGCGGAUCCGGGCCAUCCUGCGCUCGCUCGUCCCGCUCGAGGACCUGGUGGGGAUCAUCAGCCUCCCCCUGCAGAUCCCGGCGCUGGGAAAAGAUGGGAACGUGGUGGAGCCCCGUAUGGCCGCCAGCUUCGUCCCCGAGCACAAGGCGCCCAUGGUGCUGUUCCUGGACCGCGUUUAUGGGGUGCAGAACCAGGAGUUCCUGCUCCACGUGCUGGAAGUGGGGUUCCUGCCCGACAUGCGCGCGGCCGCCUCGCUGGACACGGCGACGUUCAGCACGACGGAGAUGGCGCUGGCGCUGAACCGGUACCUGUGCCUGGCGGUGAUGCCGCUCAUCACCAAGUGCGCGCCGCUCUUCGCGGGCACCGAGCACCGCGCCAUCAUGGUGGACUCCAUGCUGCACACCAUCUACCGCCUGUCGCGCGGCCGCGCCCUCACCAAGGCCCAGCGCGACGCCAUCGAGGAGUGCCUCAUGGCCCUCUGCAGGUACAUCCGCCCCUCGAUGCUGCAGCACCUCCUGCGCCGCCUCGUCUUCGACGUCCCCAUCCUCAACGAGUUCGCCAAGAUGCCCCUCAAGCUGCUGACCAACCACUACGAGCGCUGCUGGAGGUACUACUGCCUGCCCAGCGGGUGGCCCAACAUGGGCGUCAGCUCCGAGGAGGAGCUGCACCUCACCAGGAAGCUCUUCUGGGGCAUCUUCGACUCCCUGGCGCACAAGAAGUUCGAGGCCGAGCUCUACAAGCUGGCCAUGCCGUGCCUCUGCGCCAUCGCCGGCGCGCUCCCGCCCGACUACGUGGACGCCAGCUACUCGUCCCGCACCGAGAAGAAGGCCUCGGUGGACGCCGAGGGCAACUUCGACCCCAAACCCGUGGAGACCCUCAAGUAGGGCUCCCACA